AUGAAGAAUACAAUCUUCUUGCUGCUGCUAUUGCACUUACAGAGUGGCAGCAUUGGAUUUAAUACUCCAGGAAAGCUAUGGACAACAGGCCAGAGUCGUGAAACACAGAGAAGUCACUCAGACUUGACCCUGUCUCCAUCCACAACUGUGGGGUCACACCACUCUGAGAUCCAAGCUGCUGAAGCAAGUGACUCACAGGGACCUCCUUUUGCAUAUUCUGUCAAGACCCUUGGAAUGGAAGCAGUGAAGAAAUCUAAUCCUUCAACCUCUACCCCCGAAAGCCUGUUAAAUGGACAUAGUGAUGGUGAUUCUGACAAAGAUAAGAUGGGAAGCUCAUCUAGCAGCAAAGGGACAACUCUACAGAGCAAUGCUAGAGAGGUCUCUUUUCAGCAAGAGGUCACUACAAGCCAGGAUACAGAUACAGGGAGAUCUCUCAAGCAGUCAUCCCACAGCACUGGUAUCACCAGCACUCAGUGGGAUGUCAGCUCCAAAGCAUCCGGCUUUGAAACUACAAGGGGAAAAAACUGGUGUGCUUAUGUCCAUACCAGACUCAUACCUACAGUGGUAGUGGACAACCUGGAAACCUUCUCAUCAGGCAGAGCAAAACCUUGGACUUGGUGUAUUGGAUCGUGUGCUCAAAGGUCCCAGACAACAACACACCAAGCCUACAGAAUCAAACAUAAAAUAGUAACAUCACUGGAGUGGAAGUGCUGUCCUGGAUAUAGUGGGCAAAGUUGCCAAGCCAAGGCUCAAGAACAACAAUCACUUAUACACAGCAACCAGGCUGAAAGCAGCAGAACUGUCAGUGAGAGAACACCAGGAGCUCCUCAGGACCCCAAUGGCCCAGCACUUAUACAAAAAAUGAAUGAGAGGAUUAGCAGCCAGGAGAUGAAACUGACUUUUCUACAGAAGAAAGUUGACAGCAUUGCUGCUGCGAUGAAUAAUGUGAGCAAAAUGCUUUCUUCUCUGGAAGGCAAAAUCAAUGAAGAUAAGGGCAGAGACUUGGAGUCUUUUCUGAAAGGUCUCAAAUCCAGAAGUAUUAACGAAUUAGUCAAAGACAUUGUCAGAGAUCACUUUAAAGGAAUUCAAGGUGAAAUGCAAGAAAGCAUGGCUCACAUUUUCAAGACAAUAUCCAGUUUGUCAGAUGAUCUUGAAAACACAAAGGGGUUAGCCAAGCAUCUAAAUGAAACCCAACAAAGAUUUGUUCAGGAGAAAGAAAAUGUGCCAACAAAGCUUGAUAUUCUGGAGCUAAAGAGCCAUAUAGUGCAAAUGAAAGAGGAAGUGACCCUCAUUUGUGACAAACCUAUAAAAGCUUUACAGGAAAAGCAGAAAACCUUGGAGGAUAACUUGGAGCAUCAACAGUCAAGAAGUGUAAUUUAUUAUGAAUCUUUAAAUAGGACUCUUACUGAAAUGAAAGAUGCUCAUGAGCAGCUGUUAUCAGUUGACCAGUCUUUAAGCCAAAACAUCCCUUCAGAUAAAGUCAUGGAGUACAAUGUUACAGAGUAUGUGUUCACAUUGCAUGAGAAAGUAAAGAAACAAGGAAUGAUGGUGCUGCAGAUCUAUGAUGACUUAAGAGUCCAAGACAGCAAGAUCAGCAAUCUCAGUGUUACACUGGAAAAUCAGAAAGACUCUGUUCUGGGGGUCUGUGAUGACAUGUUGUCAGAGAGCAGGAGGGAUUUCCAAACACAGCUGACAGCAGCUCAAGAGAAUGUGCGUAUCCUAAACAAAAGUCUCUCUGACCUGGUCCUUCCAUUGGACAAUAAGAUAGACAAAAUGAAUGAGCAAAUUAAUGAUUUGUGUUAUGAUAUGGAGAUUCUCCAACCCUUGAUUGAACAAGGGAUACCUUUUAGUCUGACUUCAGAGUAUGAACAACAAAUUCAAGCUGAAGAAAUCAACAAGAAGCUUGAAAACCUCACUACUGUUGUUAACAGAAUGAGUUCUGCAAUUAAGGAGCUUUCCGAAACUCAGGAAGGACUUAAAAAUGAAUCUCAGGCUUAUCAGGAACUGUUUGAGAGUCGUAUUAAUGAAUGCUCCAUGGAAAUAGAAGAUGGAUUAAACAAGACUAUGCUAGUGAUAAACAGUGCUAUUGAUUCUAUUCAAGAUAACUAUGUACUGAAAGAUACAUUACAUGGUCUAAGAAAUGAGACUGAAGUCUGCUGUGGCAGAGCUGAGAAACUGGACAGCCUCCUGGCUUUCAUUCCCCAGUUUCAACAGUUGAAUGAAUCCCUCCAGAUGCUGCUUGUUGGCAAGAAGUAUGAAUUUUCUUUACAAGUAGCACCAUCCCUUUCUGGUCUUCCAUAUGAGCAGUCUGACAAAGCUAUCCUCCACAAUUUCAGAAGACUUUUCUAUAUUUUAAAUGAUACAUCAUCAAAAGUGGACAAUCAACAACAAGAUAUCAGCCGCCUGGAAGAAAAGCUGCUUGAUUCAGUGGAGGAAUCAAAGGACCAUGAGAUUCGCCUUCUGAAUGUGGAGUCAAAAAUUUCCAAGUUUUUGUCAAACAACUGUGUCUCACUGAAAAAACCCAAAGCAGUCUCAACAGAGAAAGAGCAAGUGGUCUCACUUCAGCUCCAGACACUGAGUUCCAGAAUCAAGGCCCUGGAAGCAAAGUCAAUCCGCUUCUCAAACAUCAUUCCACUUCUGAACAAGACUGCUCACGAAGCCUGGGGGCUGUGUCAUGAUAUGAAUGGCAGCAUCCAUAAAGUGAAUGCGAGUAUACCUGUGCUAAUUAAACUUGCUCAGCCAGAUAUCCCCCUCCUGCAUAGAGGCCUCAAAGAGCUCAUUGAAUCUGUGCUUGAAAUAAGAGCAGGAACUAUCUUGACAAAUUUAACCCAGCACGUUGACAAGUCAAUUGCAAAUGCUAUGAACAACAUCACCAAACUUCAGAAGCAGGUAAAACCAGUUAUGAAGAAACCAGUCCCAUUGAAAAAAGGAGCAGCAAAUGUCACCAUGAGCCUGGCAAGCCGAAGUCAGAGAAACACGGAUAAUACUAUAGAUCCAGGGCAGUAUUCAGCUUGUGUCAGCUCCCCAUGCCAGAAUGGAGGAACCUGUAUCAAUGACAGACAGAACUUUGUUUGUGCUUGUCGCCACCCCUUUGGAGGAGCCAACUGCAGCAUGAAGCUGAUGAAUGACAAUUCUCUGAGUGUCGAUUUUUCAAAAGGAUCAUACAGAUAUGCACCUAUGGUGGCUUUUUUUGCCUCUCAUACAUAUGGAAUGACGACUCCAGGACCCAUCAGAUUUAACAAUCUGGAUGUCAACUAUGGAGCUUCAUUUGCCCCAGCAACUGGGAAGUUCCAUGUUCCAUAUCUGGGGGUCUAUGUCUUUGAAUAUACCAUUGAAUCAUUUAGCCCACGUGCCUCUGGCUAUCUGGUCAUUGAUGGAAUAGACAAACUCACUUUUCAGGCUGAAAAUAUUAACAGUAACAAGUACACUGACAGAGUAAUUACUGGAAAUGCUUUAUUAGAGUUAAAUUACGGUCAAAAAGUCUGGCUCAGAUUGGCAACUGGCUCUAUACCAGCCAAGUAUCCACCUGUGACCACCUUUAGCGGUUACUUGUUGUAUCGUACCUAAGUCUGCCAUAAAUGUAAACACCAUCAAAUGAAACAACCUGCAUGUGGAUUUACCUUUGCCUUUAAUUACUUUGUUCUUUAACAGCCAUAAGUUUCUCGAAGUAACCAAUGUGAUGGUGUUUGCAGUGCUAAUUGUCCAAGAAGUUGCUUGCUUGUAGUCAUUUUCACAUCUAGGGAGUCCAGAGGUUGGAGAUGGGGGGGAAAAAUAUAAUCAUUUUCUUCAUAAAAACAUGACUGGGAAGCAUUAAUCUAGCCCAGGACAAUAUUCUAUGUUCAUAUUGCAUAAAAAAAAAAUCUUACACAAGGUUGCUGAGAAUCAGUUCUCAAGACAAAUCAUAGCUGGUUUUGAUUAUUCCUUUUCAACCUGAGUGCAUACCAAAGAUGACGGGUAAAUUCUGAUGGCUGUGAUGCUGGAUAGCUGCCUAGCUCGUUGUAUCAAGUGAUAAUCAUGUGUAUAUAUUCUGUUUGGGAAAAAUUUAUUCAUUUUUCAUUUUGCCUGACAUUAUUUACCACAUAGAAUCAUAGAUUGCAUAUAACACAGAAUGCAUACCCUGAGAUGUUAGUGUUUAAUUGAUUCAUGAUUUUUAAUGUAACCAGUAUAAUAACAAACUGCUUUUUUAUCUAGCAGAAAAAACAAGAACACUUAGAAGCUGUGUGUUGAUACAGAUUAGAAAGUGUGUUGAUACAGAUUAGAAACGAGGUACACAUUUUUAGCAGUGAAUAUAGUGGGUUUGGUGGAGACUUUCUGUUGCUUGAAGCAUUUAUACCACAGCUGUGUUUUCCUUAGGUGGUAGGUUUUGGGGCAAGCAUGGUUAUAGUUGCUUCACACAGAUUUUAGCAUGUAAACUUUGGCCUAUAAAGUACACAAGAUUAAAUGAGAUAAUCAUAGAAAUUUUUAAGUUUGAGAUCUAUAAAUCUAUGAUUUCGGUUUGUUUCUGCAUUGUACCCACUAACUACUGGGGCAAGAUGAACUUCAAUCUACAUAAACAGAAAUGUGAUUCCUAAGCACUAAUCCAAU